AUGCAUCUCUGCAUUUUCUUGCUUCUUAUAGAAACGGUGCUGUCGUCAAAAGGUCAAAGGACUCAAAAGUGCAAAGUAGCCGAAGAACACGAGAAAGUGUUUGGUCGAUAUUCUAAGUGUAAUAUCAAUGAAGGCACAUUCAACGAUGAUUCAGCAUCAUACGAGAAAUUACUCGGCAAACAUUUCACGGACGUCUAUAACAUGACUGUGUCGAACUCGCUAAGAAGAACCGUUUGCGCUAUGAAUGAUGAGAUACGCGUCAAGCAAGGUUGUGAUUUCAAAUAUCGUCAAGUCAAUUUGGGAAAAGAUCGAAAUGCAGACUUACGUUGGUUGGCCGACCAAAUCAAAAAAGAUCUGCAGAAAGCGCAAAAGAUUGGUGGAAUUACAUACUUUAACAUUGGUUGCAUCGGCGGUAGCACACUUAAAUGUGCCUUCACGUUUACGCCCAAUGAAGAUAAAAAGAAGGGAAAGCCUCAGGAAGCAUCCGGCCGAAAAAACCAGCGCGAGGGUAGAGUAAGUCAGCCCGGUAGGAGACCAGCCUCACCUGCCGACCCCCCCGAGAAGGGACAAUCGAGCGGACGAAGAUCAUCUGUCGUUUCAUCCGAAAAGAGAGGAGAAGGUAUACAGAACCCAUCUGGCGGUCCCCCCCAGGAGAGAGAAGAUGAACUGAGCCCAUCCCACGGUUCCCGCGGGGAUGGGGAAUCACUCGAACAGAGCCGAAUUGCCAAUUCCCCCGAGAAAACGGGAACCGAACUGCGCUUACCUGGCGAUCCCUCCAUGGAGGGAAAAGCCGAACUGAGCUCACCUGGCGGUUCCCAAAAGGAGAGAGAACAACAACAACAACAACAACAACAACAACAACAACAACAACAACAACAACAGCAGCAACAACAACAACAACAACAACAAUUUACCGACACGGAAAGCCAAGAUCCCUUGCUUAAGAUGCAAAAAUUAAGUGGGCCUGGUUUGGAUGAAGAGGAGGCGCGCGGAGAGAGUUUAGCUACCAACAACAGAGGAGGAAGCCUCCCGACUUCUGACUUAGAUGGCGGUCUAGGAGAAUCCUAG